AGAAAAAUUGAAAAACUAAAAAAUGACAAAUUAUUUUUUUAUUCGAUUUUUAAAUGCCACUUUGUGCAUACUUGGCAUUAUUUUAUCAAUCUAUGCAUACUACGUAGAAUUUAACAAAGAAAGAGACCCCAUGUUUAGGGCCAUGUGUGAUUAUAAUGGAUACGUUAGCUGCUCAAAAGUGUUCACUUCAAGAUGGGGUCGCGGUUUUGGAUUGCUAGAAUAUGUUGUUGAUAAAGACCAUUGGUUGAACCAGCCAAAUAGUAUCUUUGGACUAACAUUCUAUGUCUUCCAGAUAAUGCUGGGUGAAAAUCACACAGUUAGUGGCUCUAUCGUGCAGCUUGUGUUCUCGUGCAUCGCUAAUCUGGGCUCCAUCUACCUCGGCUGUAUUCUCUACUUCAUCUUACAAGACUUUUGCAUCAUCUGUGUAUCAACAUAUAUUGUCAAUGCAACAUUGCUGGGUGUCAACAUUCUCAAGUAUAACCAUAUGCAAAGCAGAUGGAAGAAAAAGAGCACAUGAGAUCUAUGACUGGGUUGAUCUAGGUUCUAGAAUGACAACUGAUAUCUAGAAUGACCACCAUGUUAUUAGAUCUAGAAUGCCCUUCGUUUAAAGAUCUAUCAUGUUCAUAA